UUUCUUUCGAACUCUUUCUAAAUCUUUGACAACUUCGCACACCACAAAAUCAUUCGGCGAUAUAUUCAGUUUAGUUUUAAGCGUGAUCUGUCGGGUAUGAGUUGAUCGCUCCUAUACGAAGCUAUGUGUGACCUUACUGUGACAGCAUUUGAAAGUUUUACGAAGCAUGACAUCUUCACUGACGACAUGCAUUCCACUUACAAUAACGACGACUACGAAAACGAGCCAAAAGACGACAUAGGCGACGAAGACACGAUAGUGGUCGACCUGGUACCGCCGUACGGAUACAGCCCACCGUCCAAAAUAUCGACGUCGCCGGGCGAGAAUGAAUCACCGACUUUGCAUAAGGAUCAACAGCAGCAUCACUUACAAUCUAACCAUCAGCAUCAUCAACAGCAGUCACAACAACAACAGACACCAAAUCCACCAGUGGAUACAGUUCGGCGAUACAGAACCGCCUUUACGAGGGAACAAUUGAGCCGUUUGGAAAAGGAGUUUAGCAGAGAAAAUUAUGUGAGCCGACCGAGAAGAUGCGAAUUGGCUACGCAACUUAGUCUGCCAGAGUCUACGAUCAAGGUAUGGUUUCAAAAUCGACGUAUGAAAGACAAACGACAACGAAUGGCCUUCUCGUGGCCGUUGACGAUGGUCUCGGAUCCGGCGUUCGCGACAUUGAUCGCGGCGGCGUCCGGCGCUCUGCCGAUCGCGCCCUAUCACGGUGCCCUGCCGAGCCUCCCAGCGACGGCGCAUCUGGCCCCGUCGGCGACGCCGUACGCGUCCGCGGCCGCGACUUACUACGCUCGUUACUCGCCGUACGGCGGUACCGCCAUAAGCGCGCUCCAUCGACCGCAUCCGCGGGCCGCGAUCGCCUCUUACCCGACGCACUCGCCGCACAUCCUGUCGCCCCAUCCGUCACACGUGCCUCUGCACUUCGGCCUGGGCGUGACCAGCAGCAAUGCCUUCUCCCCCGUCAGCAAUCCCUCCCCGAUCGCAUACGGUCCCCCGGCAUCGUUGAUGACGUCGGAACUCAGCCCGGUGAACUCCGAUACGAGUUCCAGCGAGUGCGACUGCGCCGCCGGUAAUCAACCGUCUCAGCACGUCAUGCACACGCCGCAUCACUCGCACCACUCGCGCCACGUGACGUCAUCUGGCAUCACUGCCGCGGUGCAGUCGAUCAGCCUCGGGGGAGCAGCGAGCUCGGAACAGUCGCCGGUGAAGCUGCCACCACAGAACGGUAUGAGUGCACCCAUUACUACGAUACCGAUUAUUUCCGAGAAUCUGUACAAUUUGUCGAUGACCUCGCCGUUGACGACGUCGACGCCGACGCCGACGUCGACGCCCACGUCGACGACGACGACAUCGACGGCGUCGACGAACAAAACCGAGUUGUUCCAACCCUAUAAGAAGUAAUUGGUUCUUGACUUGUGAUAUUUUUUUCUUUUCACGCGAAGAUUUAUACUUAACAUUCUCUAUCACGCAGAGAAGUUAGGUGUGGAGGAGAUGCUUCUAUAUGGUGCGAGAUAUUUACUGUUUUACGGGAGAAUAGCCUUGAUCUUUGUUCGCUUAUUGUUAGCUUUCUACGUGAUUCAUGCGUUUUUGUCUGUAUAGAUUUUUUUCUAAACAACGCCCGCUGGGUAGUCAAUAAACAUUUUGAGUUGAGUGUAAAAGAAAUGGUUUCUCUGUUAGCAUUUUGUGUCCGCUAUUGAGUACACGGUGAUUCCUAUCAACUUUUACUGCCAGUUGCGUAGAGAGAUCGAAGUAUUUCUCUGGAAGUAAUAGAGUAAUAUAGAUGUCAUAUUCAAUGCCUUAACAAUUAUUAAAUGAGUCCUCCCUUUUCGGAUCACAUUGAUGUACAGAAUGUUUAAUAUUUAGAUUAAAUUUAAUAAAUUAUUAUAUAAUUAAUUUCCACUUUAGAUCAUACGUUUUUUCCUCCGACUUUCUCAUCUCUUUAUUAUUUAUUUUAAGACUUAUACAUGUAUAUCUCGGGGAGAUUUCGAUAAUUUUUUGGCGAUAUAUGAUAUGGCAAAUUUUAUUUACGCUAUUAUUUUUGAUCGGAAAUGCAUUUACAAUUCAGUUUUGUAUAUACAUAUACAUGCAUAUACAAUGUUUUCUGUUUUUAUUUUUGGUAGAUUUGUCAAAUUUUCUGAGACAAAAAUUUGUUCAAUUUUUUAAAAAUUAAGUUAAUAGUGUAAUUGAAGAUUUAUUGGUUUUUUGAAAAUAUUUAAAU